CCCUCAAAAACUGUUGACCUCCAUUCCGCGAUUGCCGCGGUCGUCCGAGCUUCGGCGUUGUCAACGUUUCUUGGCCGCCACUAGUUGUCACUUGUCCGCACCAGUGGCAUAUUUAUCUUUUACUGUGUCUUGCGCGUGCGGUGGUGCAAAUUACAGCUCUAUAUACGCAGUAUACGUCUCAUAGCUACAGACAGCUCCGACUUCCAGCAUGGAGAUGAACAAGGGAGAGGCCGAGAAAUGCCUCGAGAUCGGAAAGAAGCACUUACGUCUCGGUAACUGGGAGAAGGCCAUCAAGUUCUUUGAAAAGUCACAUCGUAUGUAUCCGCUGCCAGGCGUGGAAGCGAUGCGUGAUCGAGCCAAGGCCGAAAUGGAGAAGGCGUCGACAACCAGUGCACAGCCCACGUCGCCACGUGGCGCGUCAUCAAAUGCUGGAAUGCGACACCGAUCAACUCCAGCCGCGCCAUCGAGAUCUCCGUCAUCGGAGCCCUCGCGGCCGUACACGACCGAGCAGCUGCAGAUGGUGCGCAAGAUCAAGGCUUGUAAGAAUCAUUACGAGGUGCUGUCCGUGCAACAGACUGCCACGGAUAACGAGGUCAAGAAGGCCUAUCGCAAGUUGGCCCUGAAGCUGCAUCCGGACAAGAACAGCGCUCCAGGAGCGGAGGAUGCGUUUAAGGCUGUAGGAAAAGCGUUUGCGGUUUUGAGCGACCCCGAUAAGCGCGCACAUUACGACCGGUAUGGCGAUGAUGCGCCCGUGCAGCAGCAACAGCAACAUCAUGGACGUAGAUACGCCCAGGAAGACGAUAUCACACCGGAAGAGAUUUUCAACAUGUUCUUCGGCGGCGGCUUCCGUCCACGUGGACGGCGGCCACAGCAGCACCAAGGCCAUGGACAUCAGCAGGAACAACGUGGUGGUAUGGCCAACCUGGCCCAGUUCCUGCCACUGUUGCUGAUCUUCCUGAUGUCGCUGCUCUCGAUCCCAUCGACCCCCGAAAUGCCGUUUAGCUUAAACCCGACGCCACAGUUUAACGUCCAGCGUGCGACGCAGAUGGCCAAUGUGGUGAAGGGUAUCCCGUACUACGUAGAGCGCGAUUUUGAACAGCGGUACACGACCCACUGGCGCGAUCUCUCACGGGUAGAGCAAAUGGUGGAGCAGGCACAUGUGUCGAAGCUGUCGGAGAGCUGCGAGAACCUUAAACUGCGGCAGAAACGGAUGAUCUACCGCGCCCGUAACUCUCGCAGCGAAGACCGUGAAGCCGCAAUGCGUAAAGCGCUGGAAAUGAAGAUGCCUCCGUGCGACGAACUGCGCAAACUCCGACGAACGCGACGCUAUUGAUCACGGAGACAUAACCGUACGCAGGAGAUCUACAGUCAAUCAUUCGGUUUUAGAGAACGGAAAUGGGGACGAUAUGUAAUCUCCACGUUCGAGAUAAUAGGACACCGGCAGUCGGGCAAUAGCCACCACGUCAAUACACAUAUGAAGCAAUAUCUACUCGGGGCUGUCAAUCUUUUCUGCCGAGUGCUUGAUGCUCACUGAGCCUU